UCAACGUUUCAGUUGUAAUUGAGUAAGCAACAACGCCAAGUCACUUCGACGCGCCAAACUGGUGAAUGAACUUAAACAGCACUAGCAACACAAAAACAAAAGUUAACCAAUUUGUGAAUCAAAAUUGAAACACUUGAACUUGAAUUAACUCUUUGGACGCAUACGUCAUCGAUACAAGCUGGAUUGAUAGUGAAAUUGACAUGUUGUGCUAUGCUUUGAGUGGUUUACUGAGCUACGCAUUUGUCGGUUUCGCUGUUAUCAAUUUUCAACUAGUCGUCGCUGAUAGUAAUGUGGAACAAAAUGCAGAGAAACCGCAUAUUAUUUUUAUACUGGCCGAUGAUUUGGGUUUCGAUGACGUCAGCUUCCACGGCUCGAACGAAUUUCUGACGCCAAAUAUCGAUGCGCUUGCCUACCAUGGUAAGAUACUGGAACGCUUAUAUACGCCGGCAAUAUGUACGCCAUCACGUGGUGCACUUAUGACCGGACGUUAUCCGAUACACACAGGCACACAGCACUUUGUUAUAAGCAACGAGGAACCAUGGGGUUUGCCAACGAAUUUAACGCUUAUGCCAGAAAUUUUCCAAAAAGCUGGAUACUCCACCAAUCUGGUGGGUAAAUGGCAUUUGGGGUUUGCAAAACGUGAAUUCACGCCCACAUACAGAGGUUUCGACAAUCACUAUGGCUAUUGGGGUGGCUUUAUUGAUUACUAUCAGCGACGCAGCCAAAUGCCGCUACCGCACUACUCCAUGGGCUAUGACUUCUACCGCAAUUUGGAGCUUGAAUGCGCCGAUCGUGGUGUUUAUAUGACAGAUCUUCUCACCAGCGAAGCUGAGCGUAUAAUACUCGCGAAUAAUAAUACGAAGCCGCUUUUACUCUUGCUGAGUCACUUGGCAGUGCAUACUGGUAACGUUAAUGAGCCCUUACAGGCGCCAAAGGAAGAUAUUGAAAAAUUCAACUACAUCAAAGACCCGAAUAGACGCAAAUAUGCAGCAAUGGUCUCACGGCUGGAUCAGAGUGUUGGUCGUGUAAUAAGCGCACUUGAAGCAGCCAAUAUGCUUAAGAAUUCCAUAGUAAUAUUUCAAUCGGACAAUGGUGGACCUUCAGUUGGUCUAUUCGCAAACUCGGCGUCGAAUUGGCCUUUCAAAGGGCAAAAGAAUACCGCGUGGGAGGGUGGCGUACGCGUUGCUGGCGCCAUUUGGAGUCCACUAAUUGCGCAGCGUCGCGCACUCUUUCGUCCAACCAUGUAUAUAGGUGAUUGGCUACCAACUUUAGCCGCUGCCGCCAAUAUACCGCUUGAUCAAACUGCGUUGCAAUUGGAUGGUUUGAAUUUGUGGCCAGCAUUAAGCGCCGCAGCAAAUAAAGUAAACUCUGAAAAUUUCACCCGUGAAAUAGUGCAUUACCUUGACGAUGUGUGGCAUGUUGCGGCGUUACAGCAAGGCGAUUGGAAGUAUGUGAAUGGCACAACAGCUGCUGGACGUUUCAGUAAUGUGCUCACCUAUCGUGAACUAUACGAUACGGAUCCGCGUAGCGUCGAUUACUUUGCGGCAGUGAAGAACUCAAACACCUCGCAGAUUUUGCAAAGAUAUGAUGACAACGAAUUGCAGCGCGGACAUGUCAAUCAGCUGCGUAACGAAGCCACGGUAGAUUGUGGCAAUGGCGUACAACGUGGUUGCAAUCCGUUAUGGGAAGAAUGUCUCUACAAUGUGGCCGUUGAUCCAUGUGAACGUAAUAAUUUAGCUUCAUUAAACGAGUAUAAAAAAAUACUGAAACGCAUGCGUAGACGUGUGCAACAGUAUAGAGAUACCGCUAUGCCGUUGGCUAACCGCAGAGGUAGCUUUGAGUAUAGUCCUUCACGUCAUCGUUGCCUGUGGUCGAACUUUUUGGAAGAUUCACCCAGUGAAGAGUUUUUCGUUUGCGGUCUCUACGGCAUGCCCUGCGAAGCGGCUACUUCAGUCGAGGGCAUAAAGAUGGUACAUACUUUUGGUUUGGAACUCGGCUAUAAUCGCGUAAGCGGUCUCUACGCCAGUAAACAACAACAACAACAGUUUGAAUCUCUAAUCGAUACAAUUAAAUUGAUUAGCAACUCGGGUAUUAAAGUAACUAAUUCCUAUUUCAAAAUGCAUAAAAUUAUGUGGAAUUUCCGCCAAGCGUUGGCAAUUAUAUUGUUAUGCUUCAAUGUACUGACGUCAGCACAAAGUAAUGAUAAACCCAAUAUAGUAAUUAUAUUGGCUGACGAUCUGGGUGUGGACGAUGUCAGUUUCCGAGGUUCCAAUCAAUUUUUGACACCCAACAUCGAUGCUUUGGCUUAUAGUGGCGUUAUUCUGAAAAACCUCUACGCAGCACCUAUGUGCACGCCUUCGCGAUCGGCGCUACUAACCGGAAAAUAUCCAAUACAUACAGGCAUGCAACACUAUGUCAUACCGAACUAUCAACCCUGGGCUCUACCGCUAAAUGAAACGACAAUAGCACAGGUCUUCAAAGAACACGGCUACUACACGAGCAUAAUUGGCAAAUGGCAUCAAGGUUUUUCACGUAAAGCGUAUACGCCCACAAAACGAGGUUUCGAUCAUCACUACGGCUACUUGGGUGCCUACAUUGAUUACUACAAUCAUACGCUGGAUUCUACGGCACAAAAUCUAUCAAAUGGUCACGAUUUCCGUGACAACUUGGCUGUGUCGCGCGAUUGUAUCGGCACUUAUGUCACAGAUCUACUCACCGAUGCGGCGACCGAACUGAUAAGCAAACACGAUGCCACCGAAAAGCCAUUGUUUUUGUUUCUGGCAGAGCUGGCACCACAUGCUGGGAAUGAUGACACACCAUUACAGGCGCCACCAGAGGAAGUUGAGAAAUUUGCAUACAUUAAAGAUGUGAACAGGCGAACGUAUGCGGCUAUGGUUUCGAAGCUUGAUCAAAGUGUGGGUUCCGUAAUAGAUGCGCUCGCAAAUAAAGGCAUACUCAACAAUACCAUUCUACUAUUUUUAUCCGACAACGGUGGACCCACGGCAGGAUUGUUUGCCACUACCGCCUCCAAUUAUCCAUUCAGAGGUCAAAAGAACUCACCCUGGGAGGGGGCCAUACGCUCGUCGGGCGUGAUUUGGUCACCGCUGCUCGAAAAUUUAGGCACCGUUUGGAAACAACAGAUUUACAUUGGUGAUCUGCUACCCACCUUAGCCGCGGCGGCCAACAUACAACUCGACACACAGCAAAUGAACCUCGACGGUUUGAAUUUAUGGUCUGCACUCAAAUAUGGUUACGAUGCCGUGGAACGUGAGAUUGUGCACAAUAUCGAUGAUAUCUUCCAGUACGUCUCAUAUGGUAAAGGUAAAUGGAAAUUUAUCAAUGGCACCACAGAUGAUGGCAACUACGAUGGCUGGCUCAGUGUGCGUCAGAACGACAACAACGCGGAGAUGGACCCGCGUGCUGCCAAUUAUGAGGAGUCCAUUAUGAACACCACCGUGUGGCAGCAUUUAUCCGCGAUAAAUGCGAAAACGGCGCUUGCGGGUUCCGUCAACAUAACGAAAUUGCGUCAAGAUGCGGCAAUUAAUUGUAUGCUUGGCAAUGUAACGCAGCGCACAGCAUGUGAACCGCUGGUCGGGCCCUGUCUCUUCGAUAUCGAUGUGGAUCCGUGUGAAUACAAUAAUUUAUACGAAUCGAUGAGUGAUGGCAAGGUGGUGCAGGAGCUGCUUAAACGUGUUGCAUACUUUCGUGAGACUGCGCAUCCGCCGAAUAAUAAACCCGAAGAUCUGAAAAGUGACCCCCGACUGUACGAUGGCGAGUGGACGUGGUGGGAAGAUAUACAAGAUGGUGUGGACGAUGAUCACAACACCGAUGGUGGUGAUAGUGCCAUGAAUUUACGACUGAAUGGCUUGCUGUUGACUCUGUCGUUCGGCACUCUGUUUGUUAUUAAUCUUUUAAAGUAGUCCUGUAAGCUGUAAGCGUUAACGAGACAUGUAUAUAUAAACUAUAAAUCAAUUAUUAUUAACAUAUGUAAAUAAAAUAUUGUUGCAUUAUUCAA